GCCGUCAGCAACCCUAACUCACUUCAUUCACAAGCUUGGUAAGGGAGACUAACCUUUCAUCUCAAUUCUCAACAUGUUUCAGUUGCUUUAAUUUUUUUUUUUUUCCUUCUUUAUCUUGUUUUUGGAUGGCUUGGACUAAAUGAUAUGGAUGUGGGGUGUAUUUAUUGAAUUACUUUGAUGGUGUUGAGUUUGAUUAGCUUCUGGGUUAAGCUAAGUGCUUGUGUGCUUUUUUCAUUGCCAUUUCAAGCCGCGGUAAUUUGAGAAACAUACGUGUAACCACUAGAAAAAGAUAGGAAAACAGCAAAGAAUACGCGCAUUAUGUGGAAGCUAAUUGGAGAUGGCGAAUUCCAGAAUGUGUCUCUUCCUGGCACUCUACCAGGCAUAGAAUUUUCAGCCCCCAAAGAUUUUCAGUUUUUUCAGUCUUCAGAAUCUGCUUUUAAUCAGAUUAUUGAAGCGUUGAAAAAUGACGAAACUCGUAUAAUUGGAUUGUAUGGAAUGGGUGGAGUUGGCAAGACAACAUUGGCUAAAGCGGUGGGAAAUAAACUCAGCAAAGAGAUUUUUGAUGAAGUGGUAAUGGUUUUUACAUCUCAAACUCCAGACUUCAGAAAAAUUCAUGAUGAACUUGCAGACUUGUCGGAUUUGAAAUUCAAGGAAGAAAGUGAAGUGGGAAGAGUAAAGCAGUUAUACUUGAGAUUUACGAGGACCGAUCAGAAGACCAUCGUAAUCAUGGACGAUGUUUGGAUAGUGUUUGAUUUGAAAGAAGAAAUAGGAAUACCCUUUGGUUAUGAUCAUAAGGGUUGCAAAAUUCGUCAGCUGAUGAUUCAACUAAAUGUUUGGUAUGGAAGGGAAGGACUGACUUUACUCAAGAAACAUGCAAGUAUAAGUGAUGACCACGCUGCAUUGAAUGAUGUGGCUGUUGAAGUAUUGGACAUGCUAUGAAGGAAAAAAAAAAUUAAUGAUUGGGAAGUCAUGUCUCGAAAACUAAAGGAGUCAAAACUUGAGAAUAUACCUGAUGUUGCUGGAGAAAAAGGUGUAUACUUGUCUUAAAUUGAGUUAUGAUUAUUUGAAGGAUGAGAAAACCAAGUUACGUUUCUUGUUGUGUUCACUGUUUCCCGAAGAUUAUAUAAUUAGUUUGGAGCAAUUGAUUACAUAUGGAGUGGGGCUGGAUUUUUAUCAAGAUGCUGACAGAAUUGAAGAUGCAAGGAAUGAAUUGCUUUCAACACUUAAUUUUCUCAAAGCUUCAUGCUUGUUGUUAGAUUCUAGUGGAGAAGAAUUUGUGAAAAUGCAUGACAAAACCGAGUUAUGUUUCUUGUUGUGUUCACUGUUUCCCGAAGAUUAUAUAAUUAGUUUGGAGCUUCAUGGUUGUUGUUAGGUUUUGGUGGAGAAGAAUUUGUGAAAAUGCAU